CCGAUUUAAACCCCAAUACGAUGCAUGCAGACUGUUCAUACCAGUUGGAUAUUUAUGAUUCGGUUUUGUACAUGAAAAUACGCCUUUUUCGGAUAUAUAAUAUUAAUAAAGCACAACUUCGAGAAUCAGAUUAAUAACACUAUGACUUCCAAGCGAAGUAACAUAGUGAUCUCUGGACCAGCAUCUAAUGAGAAGCAAACCAACGUGAGAGUGGUAAUACGUGUCCGGCCAGAAAACCGACACGAAGCUGAGUCAGGAUCACGCAAUAUCAUAGAGGUUCUUGAUGAUCACGUUUUAGUUUUUGAUCCAAAAGAGCAGACAUCGCCGCAGUACUACCACGGAAGAAAAGUUCGCAGAAGGAAUAUACUAGUGCGAAAAAAUAAGGAUUUACGUUUUGCAUUUGAUCGUGUUUUUGAUGGGAGUGCUUCACAGCAAAAUGUGUAUGAAAGCACAACUAAACCUGUCAUUGAUGGACUGAUGAAUGGCUACAACUGUUCUGUGUUUGCAUAUGGUGCCACAGGUGCUGGUAAAACCUUCACAAUGUUGGGUGAUCCAAACUCACCAGGCGUCAUCUUCUUAACAAUGAUGGAGCUAUACCACCGCAUUGAACAGGUGCAGAGUGAAAAACUUUGCGACAUUGCCAUCUCAUAUUUAGAAAUUUAUAAUGAGACAAUCAGAGACCUACUGGUACCAUCAGGAGCGCUGGCUGUACGAGAAGACCCACAGAAAGGAGUGUGUGUCACUGGACUAUCUGUACACAAGCCCCAGACUGCAGAGGAACUAAUAAGUAUGCUAGAAUUUGGUAACAAGAAUCGAACCCAGCACCCUACAGAUGCUAAUGCAGAAUCCUCGAGAUCCCAUGCUGUCUUUCAGGUGUUUGUGAGGCAGAAAAACAGAACAGCAAACUUGAACACUGACGUAAAGAUCGGCAAGAUGUCACUGAUUGAUCUGGCAGGCUCGGAACGAGCAAUUGUUACGAGGAAUCGCGGUGCCAGGUUUCAAGAGGGGGCUAACAUCAACAAAUCCUUGCUUGCUUUAGGAAGCUGUAUUAAUGCACUUGCAAACAAUAAGAAAGAUCAGUUUGUGCCAUACAGGAACAGUAAGCUCACCAGAUUGUUGAAAGACUCACUUGGUGGAAACUGUAGGACUGUCAUGAUAGCUGCUAUUAGUCCAUCCAGUUUGACCUAUGAUGACACUUAUAAUACACUGAGGUAUGCAGAUAGAGCUAAGAACAUCAAAUCACAGGUUAAGAGUAAUGUUGUCAACGUUAAUUUUCACGUCACUCAGUACACAAAGAUUAUCGCUGAUUUACGUUUGGAGGUAACUGAAUUAAAAGCAAGGCUUAGCCAACAGUCUUCAAGCAGUGACAGUGGCAACCAUUCAGAGAAUGAAGGCAGAGUUUGUAAGAUUAAAGCAGAUCACCCUAGCCAAGAAGAUAUUAUGAAAUAUCAUUCUGUACUUUACAAUAUCUUCACGCAACGUGCAAGUGUUCGUAAGGAGUUGAUGGUGCUGGAAUCAUCUGAUCGUGAUCUGUCACUUAAGAUAUCACGUAAGAAUAUAACAAUAGAGAGACUGAGGCUUAUCUAUGGAAACCAGAGUCAAGGAGAUAAGACAAUGUCCAAGUUCCAGAGAACAGUUGCUGCAUCAGAGGCCAGACAUGCUAGAGUGAGAAAGAGGAAAAUAGAUGUUGACAACAGGAUGGAGAAAAAUGAAGAAUGGUUGCAGAAUACACUCACUGAGAUGUCAUCAUUAGGAAACGGAAAAAUACCUGAGGUCUUACAGUUGACAUUACGAACAAGACACCUGGAAAUUGAGGUCAAAGAUCUUCAGCGUCAGGUGACACACCUGAAAAAGUUUGCUCGGCAACAGGAUAACUACAUGCAAUCAUCGGAACGAUUGAUGUCAACACUUUUAAGCACAGUGCGUAAACAAUUUUACUUACUAAAAGGCUCAAAUAUUGCCACAUCAGACACCAUUACAGAGUUUGAAAACAUCCAGAAAAUGGUAGAGGGUGAUAGAGAGGUGAUUUGGGCAGAUCAGAACACAACUGAGCAAGAUUCAUCUGCCAAUGUUAAUAAUCUGCUGGAAUUGCCUGUCUUAAGUUGCGUUAGAACAACACCAGAUGCUCCAACAUCAGCAACUGAAUCAAAUGCUAAACUGGCAUCAGUUAAAAACAGUUCCACAACACCACACAGACCAAAGGCUGCCAGGAGUUUGUCUUGCACAAUAACCAACAGUCACACAACUCCACAACAUCCUCCACAAAGGGUUAUCACAGAUGGGAUGACCACACAUUUACAAACCACCUCAAGUCAGUCAGCUCUUCCAAGCAGCCAUAGCAAACAGCCUAGCUCGUCAGCUUUGAGGGAAUCACAGGUGGAUGUUUGUACCCCUCACAAACGCCUAGCGGAUGUCAUAGGGUCACCAAUGAGAGUGUGCACCCCUCACAAAAAAACUGCCUUUAUGGGGGCACCGAUGAGGGUUUGCACCCCUCACAAUGGAUCAAGAGAACAUCAUCAGUCGUCUACAAUGAACAUGGACAACAAUGUAGCGACAGACCAUCAAUCAAACAUGUUCUCAGGUACAUAUACUAUUAAAACUCUGGAUGAGCAGCAGCAAGAGAACUCUAGAGGGCACCAUCCUGCAAGUGCAAAGUCUCCUGGUAAUAUGAAUUCAAGCUUUACAAUGGAAGGAAUUUCCCUGUUGAAUGUAUCUCCUGUUUCCACCAAUCAGGUGGCUUUGUUGGAUACUCCAAAUGUUGGAGGAGAUACCAAUAGUAAUGAAUUAAACAACCAAACAAUAACUUUGAAUGAUUUGAAAGAAAGUGAGAAUAUCACAAAAACACCAAAUGCAUUAAACAGUGGGAGAAAGAGAGAUGGUACAGGUCAAAUAUUGUCGUACGCUGAGGUUGCAUCAACACCGAAACAGACAUCAGCUCAUGGUUCAAGACUGCCUCUUACAGACAUCGCUGUCAACUCACCACAGCAACCAGUCAACAAUCCUACCAAAACAAAACCAUUCCAACAGAAGACCAGGAACAGGGCAUUUAUGACUGGUAAAGGGAGUGUAAGACACAAUAGCACUGCUGCUGCGGUUCGAUCACUUGGCUUGCCGUCCAUGUCAGAUCGCAUACAAGCUAAAAAACGGCCAGCACCUGCGUACAUGACGAUGACCACUGCGGCCAAAAACAAAAGAAUAAAUACCCAGCAUAUAAGAUCCUCAACGGUUGAUGCAAAGCAGAGUAGGGUGCCAUUUUCUGCUCUUCCAUCAAGAGUUAGAAACAGCAGAGCAGUACCGUCAAGAAAUGUUUCUUUGGUUCGAACUAAAUCUAUGAAUAGUCUUCGUAGCGCCUGGCAGUCCUAGUACACAGCCUCCUCCAUCAGUCAGCCCUGAUGCUGUAGAAUACAGUGGUUCAUGUUUCUUAUAUGUAUAUUAUGAAAUAUAUAUUAUAAAUUAGUACUAUAUUUUUUUGUUAAUUGGAAAUUGUGGUAGAAUUUACAUAUGGCAUUCAAAUAACUGUGGUGAAAGACAAGACAUUGUAAGGUUGUUAAAACAGUAAAAAUAGUUUGCCACAGUUGUAUAGAAUUGAUUGAACAUAACUAGGAAUAAAUCCUUCAGUGUAAAUAUUUUUGUAAAUUUCAUUGUUUAUAAGGCAAAACUAACUGUAAAAAUUAUGAAUUUAGAUUAAAUUUCUUUACAUUUUAUAUUGACACCAUGUUGCUGCAUUAGUACAUGGGGACACUAUUCUGUGUCUGUGUAACAGCUUUUGCAGUCUAGUUAUGACUCUGUUUUGUUUUCUUUUAAUAUUGGUAUAUUUUGGAGUACAAUCCUUUAAUGAGUGAUUACUUCAUGUGUUGUUAGAUUAUGUUGUAAAUUUAUUUGUUAUAUUGAACCAUGGUAUUUAAUUAAUGUAUAAUCAAAAUCAAUAUCAUUCAUCACAAUUGUAGCGUUUUUAAAUAUCUAAUAAUUUCUAUAAAUAACACUAUGAAUAUCAUUUAUCACUAUUGCAGUCUAUUUAAAUUUUGACUGCAACUAGAUAAAAGGAAUACAAAUAUGACUGCCAAUUCGUACUGUAGUUGAUGUACACUCAUUGAAGGGCGGUCUAUGCCAUGAAGGUUAGCGCGAUCGCAAUGCAGCUACAGUGUAUAGUACCUGUAAAGUGCUAAUUUUGUUGACCUCUGCUCUGUAAGCAAGCUUGUUGAGUUCUAUUUUCUUCUGAUGUGCUGGUAUCUGCCUAUGAUUUACAGGCUACUUAUCAAUUGAAAUAAAAUAUCCAAUUAUACAAAAAAAAA